GUGGAAGUGGUUGUUUUUGUCAUUGAUGAUGCAACUUCUUUUGAAACAUCCAAUGCAGUCACAGAGCUGGUGUGGUUCUUGCUGAUAACCGCUUGCGUACAUUGCACUUUGACCACUGCAGGUUAUUUCAUGUUGAGUCAAUGAGGAUUGCACUUCACUGUCCUGCUGAUACACAUCUGGACUAACUUUUGUCUUGUUUGGAGGAUCUUCACUUGCACCAUGUCCACAUCUGUACAGGUAGAGCCAGUCAUGGAGAGAAGGUAUGAAGGAGUCGGCCGCUGCAAGUGCUCGUUCUGGUUCGCAGUGGCCCACGACAUACUCGGUGUCUUCAUCAUGAUGGUGGGAGUGUUCGGAGGGCUGGUUAUCCACGAUCUGUUCAUCUACGCGGGGGCUAUCAUCAUCUUCCUCAGCCUGAUCUGGUGGGUGUUCUGGUACUCCGGGAACAUCGACGUGCCGCCUGAAGAGCUGGAGGAUGAUGUGGGCCUGAUCAAGCUGAAGAACCGCGGACUCAGCCGGGUGGUGAGGCGCGUGUCCGACCGCCUCUCCAGCAGGAUCAGGAACUCUUUCAGAAGGAGCGGCCCAUCCAUCAAAGCAGACCCCGCAGUCAACAACAGACCUUCAAACGCUGGUUCAGAGGUGCCACUCUCCACUAUCUAUGACGCCACCAUGGCCUCCUCAUCUAAAGAACUUGUCAGAGAGACAUUGUCAAUAUGAACUACCCCAUUACAGACUGUAAAUGACACACAGAGACACUGAACCUGAACUUAUUUGUUUCCUUUGCUUGUCAGUUUGAAAGGGAUUGUGUGUUUGUUCUGCUAACACACACGAGUAAUCAUUAGACAGCAUUUAAGUCUUGCCUAGAUAGCAUCCACAUGUUCUUAUCUCGCUGAUAAGAUGUAAACUUUGCACACCAUAACAGUGUUGCAGAUGGCUCUGAUUUACAGCAUGCUCAUCAGUCACUAGUCUGUCAUCGUAAAGUCAUGUGUGGUUGAUUCAGAGACCUUACAGAGAAGGGAUGUAGUAACUGUAAAUAGAAAAAAAGGCUGUAACAAGAGAUUUGCUACAAUGAGACUGACUCUUAUUUGGAUAAUGUGUGACCUGAAUACUUUUUUUGUACUAGGACAGCAGUGGAAAUUAACCAAAAGCAGCAAGUUUACUUAUUUAUUUCAUAUAUAACAUUAAACUGAAACCUUAUCAUUUUUGUUGUAUCACAUGUCAAAUAGAUAAAGUACAGCUCAGUUUCAAAAUUCAACCACUAGAUGUCGUCUGUCUCUAGCUUCACUCCCUUAGGUUUCCAUUCUCUCCCAAACAAUUUUGUGUUAUGAAUGAAUAUGUGAAUAUAUUUGAGUACUGUGCAGGUACAUUUCCUGCUUUUGCAAGGCAAAGUGAAAACAGCUCCUCAGUUAUAACCUGUGUACACACAUCAAUUUGUGUCCAGAAGAAGUCCAAAAUAAACAUGUUUUUCCUCUU